AUGAGUGUUGUCGCCAUUAGGUCAGAUAAUACGGCUGUGCCGUUUGAUGCCCCUCAUGAAAAAGAUUGGACUGUGGCAGUACAACCUGUGUCCUCUCGGACAUCUUCCAUCUCAUCCUACAAGUCCAACUACACUACAUCUACUGCACCAACUUUCUAUUCUUCUCCAUCUCCGGUCUCUUCUUGCCGUCAGUUCGACUCUGUCGGCUCUAUACCAAAGAAUGUCGAGCGUCGAAUGACACAACCAUUGUACAAUUUGAUCCUCGAUAAGCUAGAAAAUUUACAUAAAGGCCCGCACCAGACGGGUUGCACAACAUGCUUCCAGCGUGAUCUCCACGCCUUGUCCUUGACCAGUCGGUCUUGGGAAAAAGCUGUUCGAGGAAAACUAUAUAACCACAUUCAUAUCGUCGGAAAUGAUUCCCCCGCCCAAUUGAAAAAACACCGCCUCAAAAAGGGUAGCCGCUUAAAGUUACUGCGGCGCACCCUACGAGAACGAAAACUGCUAGCCAAUCUUGUUAAGGAACUCCGGGUUCCUCAGAUGGACAUGCUCUUCACCACAACGAAACAUAGCUCCCAAUGGCAGGAUUACCGCGACUUGAUUGCAUCAGUCGUGAUGGUUUGCCCGAACCUGGAACGGUUAAUCGGCUUGACCAUUCCCUAUUGUCAUCAAUUCGACCGUCUUACUCAUGCCUUGUCAACUCGCAAGCAAUUAAAGGAGCACACCUGGGUGCUGGGAGAAGCUGCAGAAGUGACCGAAAUGUCCCCUCGUGGCUCCUCUUUCGCCGGAAGUUUAGGACCAUCCCAGAUGUAUGAAUUUCUCAAUUACCAUGUCGAAUGGUCGAACUUAGAGACCUUGAUGCUUUACAGCUUGAACGGCAACGGUGCAUUGGAACCAAGUCUUUUUCUCCGCAUGUUCGAUCUCUUGCCAUCAUUGAAGAAUCUUUGCAUCUCCUCCUUCAACGAGGACGCAUUUGCUGACAGUACAUUGCUGUGUCUGCCACCGUUGGAAUCAUUAAGAUUGGAGAAUCUUCCUGGAGUUAGCGACACUGGUCUCAUGCAAUAUGCCGCGCGUCCCGACUCCCGUUCUCUCAAGUCACUAGUUCUGGUGGAGCAAAAUAUUGAGUCCAUUUUGGUCGUCUCAAAGAUUCUCUCAUCGCUUCGACAACUAGAGCGUCUCAAGUUCGUCCAGGCUGGCAAAUGUCCGGUGAUGCCCAGCGAGGACAUGGUAUUCCAACCUAUCCUGGCGUCAUCUAGUCUCAAGUAUCUUCAUUGGGACGUAGCCUGUCCAGAUCCGACCGCUCUUACGCAGCUGGACCUUCACCCAUUCCAACAGCCUCCCAAACAAACGAACUCCCCCAACUCACAUCUCGCUCAAAGCAUUCUGUCAGCCGGCUUCCCGAAACUCGAAACUCUUCGUGCACCCAAUGACGUGGAACCUCCUGGUGCACUUCAGGCUGUCUGCAAACCGAUCACCAAAGGCCGAGCACUUCUCCGGCCAGAUCGAUAUAGUCUUCCUCGCAGCUCGCAUGGCUCCGUGAAUACUCGGCCUCUCGCUCUACCAGCCGGAAAUAACUUGACCUCUGCCCGUAUCCGCGCGCAGACCUUCAUCGAUAUGGCCGUUAAAGACACAGAAUCAGGGCUGCGUGUGCUUAUUCAAGACUACUCUGAUGAUUAUGUGCCAGACAGCGCGCCUGCAGCAUUCGAGGAUGAUCCAGAUCAGGAGAUGGACGACUAUGGCAUCUGGGCUGCUGUCGAGAGAUAUAGAAGGAAUCCUCCAGCGACAGAAGGUCCAAAAACAGUAUACGAGUUCCACAUGCCUGCCUACAUGGGUCGCAUAGGUCUCGUUGACCCUCUCACCGGCGCGUCUAUACCUCAAUUUCUCCUUCGCCCCGACAUCCCCGGCCAAGAACCAGACGGCGGCUUGAUUGGAUGGAAGCAGCUUCUCGUGUCCAACCAGUCACUAUCAUAUGCCGCUGGAGUGGGAGUCCAUUGUUCCGAUAAUCGAAGUUCGACUUUCCCAUCCUCAGGCCUUGAUGACCUAGUCUCGCCGGGAACGCCGGUCUGGACUCCUACGCCGCCGUCGUCAACCACAUCCCGGUUUGCUUGGGGCAGUCUGGGCAGUCGGUCUUCUAUUGCACCCACAACACCUUCAACUCCUAUUACACCUAUAAGCAGUAUGGCAUCGAUCAAUGCACUUCCUUGGGAUAAAGAUACUUGCACUGGAUCCUGGAACCAUAAAAUGGGCCGGGACUGGUGGUUUCAUAUGGAACGAGAUCGCCCAGGACACUCGGAUCUCAUCGAUAUCAGCAAGCUCUUUUAA